AGCUAAAAUGGUGUUGAAAUUCUUUGUUUUUAUUUUGUUUGGGGGUGUGUUUCUUUUGCUACAAAGGAAACAUGUAAAUGCCAAAUCUCCACACAUUCUGUUUAUUGUUGCAGAUGAUCUGGGUUGGAAUGAUGUGGGAUUCCACAACCCUAACAUGAAAACCCCGAACAUAGACAGACUGGCGAGGGAGGGGCUUAUUCUGAACCAGACCUACCUACAGCCUCUGUGUAGUCCAUCUCGCCACGCCAUAAUGACCGGAUAUUACCCCUACCAUGCAGGUUUACAGCAUCUUGUGAUCCUUCCCUGGCAACCCGUCUGUUCACCUCUGAAAAUGAAGUUUUUACCUCAAAGACUGAAAGAACUUGGUUACGCUACUCACAUGGUCGGAAAAUGGCACCUGGGUUUCUGCAGUUGGAAUUGCACACCGACUUACCGAGGGUUCGAUUCCUUUUUUGGAUAUUAUAACGCACAGGAGGAUCAUUAUACACACGAGUGGUAUAAUUUUCUGGAUUAUAGGGACAAUGAGAAACCAGUGAGGAAUCUCAACGGAACGUACUCAGCGUUUACAUUUGCAUCGAGAGCUCAGAACAUCAUAAAGAACCACAACUCUAGUCAGCCUCUGUUCUUGUACAUGGCCUUCCAAAAUGUCCACGAUCCAAUUCAGGUUCCAAAGAAAUAUGAGGAUAUGUAUCCUAGUAUAAAGUCACAAGGAAGGCGACAGUUUUCAGGAAUGGUCUCUGCCUUGGAUGAAGCUGUGGGGAACAUCACAAACCAACUCCGGGAGUCGGGGCUGUACGAGGAUACUCUCAUUGUCUUCACUGCCGACAAUGGUGGCUGGCCCCAGUAUUUUGGAAAUAACUACCCUUUGAGAGGUGGGAAAUUCACGGUAUACGAAGGUGGUACUCGUGUUGUCUCUUUCGUUCAUGGUGCAGGGCUACAGAAAACAGGAGAGUCAUUUGAAAGUCUGAUGCAUGCAGUUGAUUGGUCCAGUACACUAGUGGAGGCCGCAGGUGGUAACCCAGUAUUAACUGGAGAUGGAGUGAGCCAGUGGUCUGCUAUUAGGAACAAUUCCCCGGGCCCACGAACUGAACUGAUUUACAACUUCGAUUCUGAUGUAGCCCCUGAAGAGGGCCAUGCAGCGAUAAGAAUGGGGGACUAUAAGUUAAUUGAUGGGUACCCAGGAUUAUACCCGGACUGGUAUAAACCGGACCAGCUAUACGCUUUCAAACCGGAACCGUCUGCUAAGGAGAUACAGGCGCACGCAGGAAGAUACCAGCUUUUUAAUUUGAAAGAUGACCCAACAGAACACAAUGACUUGUCCAAGUCAAAACCAGAUAUAGUAAAACAACUUAGUGAACGACUACAGAUACUGACCAAGAACGCUGUUCCUCCGAACUACCCCCUCAUCCCCGACCCCAAAAGUAAUCCGUCCAAAUUUGAUAACGUGUGGUCCCCCGGCUGGUGUUGAGGAGACGAAAAAGUGAGUUAUCUC